CCGCCGAUAAACCCACUAAAGAAAGAAAAAGAAAAAAGAGAUCGCGUGUGAUGUGUUUGUUUAUCCUCAGUGUUUUUCUCUCUUGUGUGUUUCAUUGAGUGUAAACAGACUCUGUGUAUUUUAGGGUUGAGAUGUUGAUGAUGAGAGAUGAGAUGUGCUGUAAAUCAGUAGGAACUGAUCUGUCCAUGCUGGAUAUUGAUGAUUUCAUCACAGAAAUCUCUCAACUGAAGAAAGAGGUGGCGUUACUGGAGACAAAGCUGAGGUCAAGAGGAGAUGAAGGAGUGAAGAGAGAGGAUGUGGAUUGUUGUGAAUCUUCAGUGUAUGUGACUGAUGGAUGUCUGGAUUCAGUGUGGAUGAGCAGAGAUCAGAGCCGCACACCACAGCCACUGCUGGACUCUAAACUCUCUGAAGAGAAAUCCAGACACACACAGGACUCAGAGCUCAGUCUCACUUUACUCUCUUAUACUGAGUCAAAGCCCACAGACGCUCAGGACACUGUGUGUGACAGUAAUCAGGGCUUACAGGAUGAGGAAUCUACUGAUCAAACCUCCACAGAGUCUCUGGAUUCUGUCUGUAACGCUGGAGAACAGCAGCAGAUCCUGCAGACCACACUGAAGAUGUGUUCAGUCAAACUGAUCGACUGCAGGAACCUGAUGAUGAAGAUUAAAACUGAACCCACAGAAGAGGAAGAUCACAAUUAUAAAGAGGAAGACAAUCAUGCAGAUGAUUUAAUUCCAUCAGAUGUGAAGAGUGAAUCAUGUUGUGAUGGAGAAACGUCCUCAACAUCAGAAGAUCGACUGACAGCACAAACUCUUUCCUCCAUCACCUGUGGAAAGACAUUCAGCUCACAGAGACAUUUAGACACACAUGAGAGAAAACACACAGAACAGAAUCUCUUCACCAGAUCCGAGAUCAGCUUUACUACCUUACAAGAGAAGAAACUUCAUCAUUCAAAAGAGCACGAAGAGAAGAAGAAGAAGAAAAAGAAGUUUCACUGUGAGCAGUGUGGGAAGGAUUUUGUCUUAUCUCAUCUGAAAGUUCACAUGAGGACACACAGUGGUGAAUCGCCUUUCUAUUGCACUGAAUGUGGAAAUUACUUCAGCUCCAAACAAAGUCUUGAUGUUCAUCAGAGAAUUCACACAGGAGAAAAACCAUACGAGUGUCCUCACUGUGAGAUGAGAUUCAGAGAAAAAACCUCUCUGAAGACACACUUGUUUAAACACACCAAUGAGAGACCGUAUCAGUGCAGUGAAUGUGACAAAACCUUUAGGGAUUCAGCUUCAUUAAAAUCACACCAGAAUAUUCACUCUGGACUCUAUAAAUGUUCACACUGUGAUAAACAUUUCUGUCGUAAAUCUAAACUUAUACGCCACGAGAGAAUUCACACUGGAGAGAAACCUUAUCACUGUAGUAUCUGUGGGAAGAGUUUUGGGCAGCGUACACAUUUAGUGAGUCACCAGAGAACUCAUACAGGUGAUAAACCUUACCAAUGCUCUCAGUGUGGCAAGACGUUUACCUGGUCAAGUCGCUUAAAAACCCAUAAGAGAAUUCACACUGGAGAGAAACCUAACAACUGUACUGUUUGUGGGAAGACUUUUAGGCGGCGUGAUCAUUUAACUAAACACCAGAGAAUUCAUACAGGAAAAAAACAAUACGAGUGUCCUCACUGUGAGAUGAGAUUCAGAGAAAAAACCUCUCUGAAGACACACGUGCGUUCACACACCAAUGAGAGACCGUAUCAGUGCAGUGAAUGUGACAAAACCUUUAGGGAUUCAGCUUCAUUAAAAUCACACCAGAAAAUUCACUCUGAACUCUAUAAAUGUUCACACUGUGAUAAACAUUUCUGUCGUAAAUCUAAACUUAUACGCCACGAGAGAAUUCACACUGGAGAGAAACCUUAUCACUGUAGUAUCUGUGGGAAGAGUUUUGCGCAGCGUACACAUUUAGUGAAUCACCAGAGUAUUCAUACAGGUGAAAAACCUUACAAAUGCUCUCAGUGUGGCAAGACGUUUACUCGGUCAAGUCGCUUAAAAACCCAUAAGAGAAUUCACACUGGAGAGAAACCUUACAACUGUACUGUUUGUGGGAAGACUUUUAUGCGGCGUGAUCAUUUAGUGAAUCAUCAGAGAAUUCAUACUGGAGAGAAACCUUACAAAUGCUCUCCGUAACUCAAUCGAGUAACUUAAAAUCCCACGAGAGACUUUAUACAUGAGAAAAACCUUAUGUCUGCUCUCACUGUGAAAAGAGAUUCAAUAAUCCAUCUCAAUUCAGAGUUCAUCUGAGAAUUCACACUGGAGAGAAACCUCAUCACUGUACUGUUUGUGGGAAGACUUUUAGGCAGCAGCAUAAUAAUUUAGCAAGGCAUCAGAGAACUCAUACAGGUGAAAGACCACAUACAGUGUGAUAAGACAUUUACUCAUUCAAGUAUGGUAAAAAUCCAUGAGAGAAUUCACAUUGGAGAGAAACCUUACGUCUGCUCGAUCUGUGAAGAGUGUGGGAUUUUGAUUUUACGGUGUUUUAAUGUCAUAGUGUUAUAUUUUUACUUCAUGUGUGAUUUAUAAUUUGCUGUGUUGAAUACAAGAAAGUUGUCUGUGUGUGUGUAAAAGCUAAGAGGCUGUUUCAGUCGGGGGUAGAAAACUUGCAGAUGUUGACAGUUAAAAAUGAGAACAAAGCCCUGAAGGGAAAACACACAGAACAGAUGGUUUCAAUAAACAAGUUGCUUGCUUUAUAACUAUGUUACAUUUAGAGAAAGUGAAAAUUAGUAUGUUUAACUAAUGAAUGCAUUUAACCAAUUUAUGAACAAUGGAGUAUUGUUGUGUUGUUGAUUAAUUAUGUUUUACAUAUUUACUGCCUACAUUUCAUGAUGAUUGCCAAAAGUGUUAAAGUUACAAAGAUGUCCAAAUAAGGACAUAAUGCCUUAGGGAACAGAAUGGUCUGUGCAUAUCUCUCUGUCUGUUUGUGUGUGGUAUGCAACCCCCACAGGCUACAGAGGUAUGUGGUGAUGGAAUCAGAUAAGGAAAACAGCCAGCUGGGGGAGGAGAAUUCUGAACGACGAUAAAUACUCAUGUUUUUUUCUGAGCUGUGAGUUCGUCGUGUCCUGCUGUAGGACUUGAGACGACCCAGCAUGCUGUAACUUUUUCAUAUCUGAUCAAUAAAUAUUCAAUUUAGA